AUGACCGGCACUGAACUCGCCAACGAGAUCAGCAUGCAAGAGUCGCGAAUGUCGAUCGCCUUGCCCCUCCCGCCCCUUUCGCCAGGACGUUACCCGGCUUCCCCUCCUUCCACCCCGCCUUUGCCGCAGUUCAGCAAAGAGUAUCAGUCCUUUGUAUACAGCAAAGGGUUGGCUACUCAACAGCAGGGACAGUAUCUGGGAGCCAAUGCUGGCAGUAGCAUACAAGAAGGGUCGGCUCGGGAAGUAGAGCUGCAGAGGGAGAGGAUCUUGUCCGGUCAGAGCUCUACCGACAACAACGAGACCGUCGCUGCUUCUUCUUCUUCGGCGUCUGGCGAGAACAUCGCAACCACCUCUUCUCCCACGCUACUCCUACCUUCCCACAUGCAACGCACCACUCCCCGCCCGGGGUUCGCUCGUCAACCCCUCGUCCGACAAGCCAGUCAUACCGUCAGCUUCGCCGACGACGUCGAGCACCCUGAAUCCGUGCCCUCAACCCCCAAGGGACACCCUUCCACCGGCUACGGUAACGGUAGCAGGUUUGGGGGUUAUGUCGAUCUGGAGAGGCAUAUGCAGCAGGUGGAGUUGGGCAGGGCCAAAUUGAUGGGGUAUCUCGGAGGUGGUGGGAGCGGGCUGGCUGCGGGGAUCAAGGGGAGUGGGAGCGAGAUCAAGCGGGGCAAGAUCUACCGACCGACACAACACUCGCACACUUCUGCGCUCGGUCCAUCGGCAGCUACCACCCACAAGUUCCGUACUACCAUCUCCUACCUCUCUCGUAUCCCUAGGAAGUUCCGAUCCAUCCUCGCCGGGGUCGUCCUCUUUGUCUUGUUCGUGACCGUGCUCUCGAGGUCGACGGGCAAGGCAGAGGAGGAGAGACAGAUGGCUUCGAAGCGGUAUGCGAGCGGAUUACAAAAGGCGUUCGUCAUCGGACAGGGUGAACUGGACGAUGUCGCACGACACCCUGAUUUCCACCUCGCGCCCAACGAGCUGGACCAGGCCAAGGACGCUCAGCUCCUCGAUGCCAUGCAGGCUGAAGAUAUCGCUGAUGCCGCUCAGGACACGCAAUUCGAGCCCUCGACCGCUCACUCCGAAUCGUCGGAAUACGAGUUUACGUUUGCCAACAAGAAGGAAGAGAUGGCGGCUUUGGUCUCGUUCCUGACGUCGACCAGCUCCAACGCGCUUCCUCCUGUCGAUCCUUCUAUGCCCCUCGAUCCUCAACUCGUCCUUGAGUUCGACUACACCAAGGUCGAGACCGCCCGUGAGGACAUGGCCCAACUCACCGAGGACGUCUUUAGCCUGUUCCCCGUCAUCAUGGUCGGACGCAUGCGAGACCCUCAUCACCGAGAGAUGCUCAGGAUCAUGUCUCAAUACACUUCGAACCCGCCUCCUCUCGUCAUCGAGGUCGACCAGCGUCGAGAUGCCGAGACGCUCGUCCCCCUCCUCGCACGUCUUUUGGACACUGACGAGAUGCCGCAGGUGAUCGUCAUGGGCGAAGCUGCGGGUGGACACAAGCAGCUCGGUCAGCUGCAAGAAUCGGGCGGGGUCAAGGAGUACUUUGCCGGGUUGGGUGUCGAGAUGAAGGACAAGAAGAUGAAGAAGAAGCCCAAGUACAUCAAGGACGCCGAGAGGAGGGAAAAGGAGAGGAUCUUGGGGCCGAAACCCAUCAUGGCGGAUGAGCCUCAGGUUCAAGCUUGA